AUGGUGCAGCUGGCAAGGGCAUGGUCAGCUCUACUGCUCUUACACCUGGGAAGCUCACCCAUGCCCCACCACCAGCUUGACUGUGCUGCAGAGGCAAGGUGCAGGGCCUGCUUUUCCAAUUGCUUCAACAGUGGCGGCCUCGGGGCAGAGUACUUAUGCAGCUGUGGCAGCAAGUCAUGGUUGAACAAGCUUUUAGAAAGUUUUCUUCCGCUCUUUGACCGAGUAUUGGUUGAAAAGAGUGCCAGCAAAACCGGCACCAAAGACGGCAUUAUGCUUCCAGAAAAUUCUCAAGGAAAAUUAUUGCAAGCAACAGUAGUGUCUGUGGGAUCAGGUGUGAAAGCAAAGGAUGGAGAGAUUCAACAGGUUAGUGUGAAGGUUGGAGACAAAGUUCUUCUCCCAGAGUAUGGAGACACCAAAGUAUUUCUAGGCGACAAGGUUUAUUUCUUAAUUAGAGAUUGUGACAUUCUUGGAAAGUAUGUGGACUGA